AUGUACGCGGCAGCAGGGGGCGCUUCCCUCGCUUCACGCCAGGCCCGUCAGCGCCAGCGCCAGAAGCAGCUGCAGCAGCUGAAGAGCCAGAAGGAGCUCAAGCCGCACCAGCCGAAGCAGUACCACAACUACACGGACGAUGCGGCCGGGCCCAAGCUGUCCCGGGUGGAGAGAGGGGCGCUGCGCCCGCCGCAGCCCCCCCACGAGCGCAGGCACAGCGCCUCCAACUACCACCUCAAGGAGCCGCCGAAGAGCCGCCUCAAGGAGAGCCCAUCGAUCUGCAUACCGGUCCAGGCCCACGCCCCGCCGUGCUCGCUGGUGGAGAACCACGUGGCCUCCGCCACAUCCCUCCAGCUGCCCCAGAUCUUCAUCCCGGAGGGCGACGGCCGCCUGGAGCGCCGCUGCAGCUUCGUCAGACAGGUGGAGGAGAUGGAAAAGUGCCCGGAGGGGGGGCUGCUGGACAAGUGCAACCACCUGUGCAACUUCGAGAUCAAGGACAGGCUGUGGGAGACCAAGUACGGCGACUUCGAGAGGGAUAUGUUCGGCAGUCUGGAUUAUCCCUUCUCUGAGUGUUCGCAGGGCCGUGCGGCAUGGCAGGAACGAGAAAGGGGGAGACGCUGUUCACUCUCCGAGGAAGCGCGGCAACACCGCAUCAAACAAUCAGAGGCUCACCACCGAUGGAUGAAAAGGAACAGAAUCCACGACUCCACGUACGGCACCGGUUCGGACGAAGAUGACUUCUUCAGCGUGUACCACCAGAGCGCCGCCGCCAACGCCCUCCUGUACGUCGGGCUGGGCACGACGGCCAUCGGCAGCGUCAUCUUCUUCGUCGGCACCGGCGAGAAGGGCUUCAAGACGUUGGAGCUGCGCCUAAUCGGGCCUACCUUGAUCGCUUGCGGCCUCCUGUGUUGCCUAAUCCGCGUGUUGCUGUGCGCCUGCCCUUCCACCUGCCUCCGGAGGCGGAAGAAGACACGACUGAAGAACAGCGCCUGUCCGCACGCUUCCAGCAGGUACCCGAGGUCGCGCGACAACGUGGACAGCGCCGCCCUGCUCUCGAAGAACAAGAAGAAGGUGUCCAUCGUCCCGCCCAGCCACCCCAUCCCCAGCACGAGCACUCAGGAGUUCAAGGAGGCGCCGAGCCAAUCGGAGAAGAUCAGCCUGCCCCAGAUCAACCUCCCCGACGUCGACGAGGCGAAGAUGUCCCGCGAGGACUCCGUCAUCGAGCUGCAGAACCUCGAGCUCGUCUACGACAUACAGAGUGUUUCGAGUAACGAUAGUGACGAUAACGGCGCAGUGACUGUCAUCGAGGCGACGACGAAGGCGUCGAAGCUGACGCGGACUCGGGAGCCGGCGAACCGGCCGGCGCCGACGCGCCAGGACGACCUGGAGACUUGCCUGAGUGUCGUCAUCGAGAGGAGUGACAAUAGUGAAAGCAGUGACGGGCACAAGAAGGAGGACGGUGCUGACAAACAGACACACAGCGGAAUCGUGCUCAGUCCGUUGCAAUUGGGACAAUAAUCGUUGUUGUAGCUUCGCUGCUAAUGCAGGCGAGAGGGCGCGGGGAGAUGAUCAGAAUCAUUCAAACACCACCCACCGACCGGAUCAAACGCCAGGAAGUCGAUUCGUUAUCAAAACAAUGGUGCUAGUCUCAUUUACACGUUGUUAACAUUGACAAUACGAUUGUUGCGGGUCGCUGGACGACCGAUCAUUUCCUCGAUUGUUGCGAUUUAUUGUUGAUUUUUCGGGAGAGGGUCGAGGUGUCACCCGGUUCCUGGGCCCGUUUGAUUGGCCGAGAGAGUACAAAUCAAACGAAACGUUGUACACCAAAAAUCAAAAUUUCGCCGCCCCCUAGCGUCAAUCAAACUGUUAGUUAUGGAAUUGAUUAUAUAUUAAACGUAAAACAGGACUCUGUCGGAGCUGAGCGCGGCCCCGCCCGAGGGCGGCGCCGCGCUCGCCACGCCCACAGGACUGAUGACGUGUUGUACUAGAACGAAACGCAAUUAUUGAGAUUUUACGUUGCGUCCUUCCGUUGAAGCAACGUGAAUGUAUUAAGUAAAGUAAUAUUUGCUAAAAAUUAUAAUUAUAACCUAGCGUGCCUGUAACAUUAUCUUUUCAUCCUAAAAACUUAUUACAAAAUAUGCUUUCAUCACCGUUUUCUUAGAUUGUAAAUUUCGAAUACAGCAAUAUUAUAUUUGGCCUAAUUUGACGUCGUCGGACGGAGAGGAUGUCUCUUCUUCAUUCUUUUUGCGCACCUUGUUUUCAUCACGAUUCUGAAUGAUCGAGGCCGCGGCGGACACUCGCCGCUCGGACCGUGAUCAUUUUUGAUCUUUGCAAUCAUUCGACAAAUAAGGAUAAAGUAUACUUUGCAAAAGUUUUCGUAUUGUGCAUUCUUCGAUUUUAUAUUGUUAAAUUUAAGAGUCGUGACGGCGUAGAUUGUAACCUACUCAAUGUACCAUUAUGAUAUUUUUCGGAUUAUUAGGUUCCAGUGUCGGAUUCGUGUCAGGGUCGGUCCGUGCGCGCCCCCGCCGCACACCGACCGACCAUGUCAACAAAAUUGUACCGUUGUUUUGUUAUGAUUGGUUCGAAAUGGCGGAAAUGCGUUCAAUACCCGAGACUAUAAUUACACCUAUAUGAGAGUGUACAUUAUAUACUUGCUAUAUUAAUAGAAAAUAUAAAAAUGUACGUAUAUGUAACAUAUUGUUUGAGAAUCAUGUAUAAAAUAUUUUCGGUUGCGGCUUCUUUUUCAUUCGAUUCUUUACACUAUUUUAUACAUGAUUUGCAAAAAGUACUAUAAUAAAGUUAUAUAGAAAAAGCCAAUGGAAUAUAUAACAUAAUGGGUACAUAUCGAUUACAAAUAAA